ACGAUCACAAUCAAAAUGGCGGACAGUAACCCACUCCGCGAAUUUGUGUCAAAUCUACCAAGAUUAGACCCUGGUCGUCUUAGACCUAGUAAACGAACAACUACUAAGCGUCCAUUUACUUUCUCACCAGACUGGGAUGUCAGUCGAAACAGUCCUAAUACUACAUCUGAUCCUGAUAGUACUGAUACAGAGGGAAAUUUAACGCCACAGUCAAGACGUGUUUCACUACCAGCAUCUGUUUCAAUCCACAAGUCUGAAUUAGAAGCAAGCGAGUCACUGCCAACACCUGAAACAAGACGUGUUUCUUUGCCAGCACACGUUUCUUUAAAUCAGUCUAAAUUAGUGUCGUCAUUACCAGAGAGAGUUAGAAGUCUGUCUGGGCGCAAACCAUCACCACAAUCCCAUCGUAUUGAUUCUCCAGCAUCGUCAGUUGCUUCAGGUCGAUCUGGGCUGUCAACACCAAGAAGUGCUAAAAAGGGAUCAGCACACAAAUCAUCACCGCAAUCGAGUCGUACGAAAUCUCCAGCAGUAAUCGUUCCAGAUCAGUCUGAGCUGUCAACAACAAAGAGUCUUAGAAACCGGUCAGUGCGUGAACCAACACCACAAUCAAAACGCAAUGAAUCACCUGUGCCUGUUGUGUCAGAUCAGUCUGAGUUGCCAACACCAAAGAGACUUAGAAAUCGGUCAGUGCGUGAACCAACACCACCAUCAAAACGCACUGAAUCACCUGUGCCUGUUGUGUCAGAUCAGUCUGAAUUACCAACACCAAAGAGCCUUAGAAACCGGUCAGUGCGUAAACCAACACCACAAUCAAAACGCACUGAAUCACCUGUGCCCGUUGUGUCAGAUCAGUCUGAGUUGCUAACAACAAAGAGACUUAGAAAUCGGUCAGUGCAUGAACCAACACCACAAUCAAAACGCACUGAAUCACCGGUGUCAGUUUCUUUAGCUCAGUCGGGACUAUCACCAGUAAAAGAUCAGGGAAAAAGCACGUACGAAGCCAUAGAUCAGUCAGCAGGCACAGAAACUGAAUCAGUAACAAAGACGGAUGAUCAACUAACUGAUGUAUUGCUGGUGUCAAAUCCUGAACAGCAAUCAAGUGAUCAGCAGUCUCCAACUAAGAGUGUUCACUUCAAGCAGGAUUUACAAAGGCUUCCACAACCUGUAAUAGCCAAUGCAAGUGAUGCCCCUUUGCAACGAACUCAACCUACCAUUCGUCACUCUGCUUUGAAAGCUAACAAAGUUGCCAGUCUGCAGACUCCAGGAAAGAGGACUUCACCAAGAGGACAAUCGCCAGAACUGGAAACCCAACAUGGAUCUUUUUUGUAUACUACUCUUCCUUUUGAGAGUGGACCAGUUGUCAGACGAAAAAGACGAAGAAGUAAAACACCUCCUGCUGUACAAGAUAAUACGUUACCAAUAGAGACAGGUUAG